UUUAUAAUUCAUGUACACUUCCGUUAAAAACAAACAUGUGGGCAUUUUUGUCCGGUGUAAAGAAACCUGCCCAAAAUAAAAGAAACUAUGAAGAAAAUCGCAAAGAAAGAUCUUUCAAAGUGUCCUGGACUGCAGGACGCCAAUGGCUUCAGUACAAAGAUGGCAAAAUGUUCUGCACUUUCUGCAAGGAAGCUGGUGUGAUUUCUGAUUUUUGUCGGGGGUCCACCAGCUUCCGAAUCGACUCGGUGAAAAAACACGAAAAUUCGGACAGUCAUAAACAUUCCACUGUUGUUGCAACUAACAAAACCAAAGAGCCUGGUACACGGCCUGCAGAGAAGGCUCUCCAGAACCUUAAUAAAGAAAAUGUCAAAAAACUUGAAAUUUUAUUCAAAACGGCCCAUGCACUUGCCAAAAAUAACCGUCCCUACAGUGACUUUGAGUGGAUAUGUGGGUUAGACGUCGCAAAAGGACUUGUCCUUGGUACUACUUACAUCACCGAUAAAUAUUGCAGAAAGUUUGUUAAUGCAAUCGCAGAGGUUGAAAGAAAUAGAACUAAAGAGGCUGUGGAAAAGGUGAAAUUUUUGUCAAUACUUUGUGAUGGGUCCACUGAUCAGGGAAUAAUUGAUAAUGAAAUAGUUUAUCUACGAAUGGUAGUACAGGGCAAAGCAGAGGUGAAGUUUAUUGGCUGUAUGCAAGUUACCAAAGCUGAUGCCAGAGGAGUAUUUCAUGCGAUGAAGAGGGCUGUAGAAGGAGUUGGGCUUGAUUGGUCCAAAACACUUAAGAAAAUGGUUGGCCUUGGGUCCGAUGGCGCCGCGGUUAUGACAGGGAAAAAGGCAGGUGUUGCUGCCUUGUUAAAACAACAACAUCCUUCAAUCAUUUCCAUUCAUUGUCUUGCCCACAGGUUAGAACUGGCCUACAAAGAUGCUUUAAAGGGGAUCAAAAUAGGAGAAAAGGUUGUCUCUGGGCUUUUACUAGGGUUAUACUACUUUUACCACAACAGUCCAUUGAAUAGGGCUAAUUUGAAAGAGUCGUAUAAAACCCUUGGAAUAGACAUGAAGAUGCCAACAAGAGUUGGCGGCACCAGGUGGGUUGGCCAUGUACUACUGGCAUUGAAAAAUAUGUUCCAUGGAUAUGCUGCCAUCAAGCAACAUCUUUAUCAGCUUGCAUUUGGGUCAGGUGUGCAAGCUAUUGCCAAAAGUAAAGCCCUUGGUCUCUAUAAGAUUCUUGUAGAUGACAACAACAUCACAUUUGCAGCUUUUCUUCUUGACAUUUUGUCUCUCCUCCACAUCAUGUCACAAGUAUUUCAGCGGGAAGAAAGUUGCGUGGCAGAUAUACACAGGGCUCUCAACUCCUGUCUUUCCUCACUCAACAGAUUUUCUGAGAUACUUUGGUGAUGAACACAUCAAGACAGCAGCUGAUCAUUUUCAGCAGGACUUGGAGACGGCAGGUUUAGAUGCAGAUGAUGUUUUUCACGAGUGGGUCUUUUUGAAAUCAGACAUUUAUGGAAGCUUCCCAGAUGUUCA